AACGAUUGUAGCAUUUUAUACGCGCUUUCUAUUUGUUUCCUUCGUUUCGGCAUUCUGCUUAAUCUCAUAUUUCCGCCAACCAAACAACAAUGGGAAACACAAACACAGCAGAAACUCUUGUUCCAAAUCUCGUAGCAGACAAAGGUGAUGAUAUUAAGUUAACAGAAAUUAUUGGAAGUAAUCAGGGAGAGAAGGACAUAACAGUGACAUGGGAGAAUUUGUGGGUCACUGUUCCAAGGGGAAAGAAAAAGAAGCCAAUUCUGCAGGGUCUUACAGGUUAUGCCAGGCCAGGAAAGAUUCUAGCCAUAAUGGGUCCUUCAGGAUGUGGAAAAUCUACACUUCUUGAUGCUUUAGCAGGAAGAUUGAGCUCAAACAUGAAGCAUGCAGGAAAGAUUCUAAUCAAUGGCCAGAAACAAGCACUGGCCUAUGGGACAUCAGGCUAUGUAACACAAGAUGAUGCUAUGCUGUCAACUUUAACCACUAGAGAAACCUUAUACUACUCAGCUCAGCUCCAAUUUCCAGAUUCCAUGUCCAUAGCAGAGAAGAAGGAACGAGCAGAUAUUACACUGAGAGAAAUGGGUCUGCAAGAUGCCAUCAACACAAAAGUUGGAGGGUGGCAUUCUAAGGGCCUCAGUGGGGGACAAAAGAGGAGGCUCAGCAUUUGCAUUGAGAUUCUCACGCGACCAAAACUUCUGUUCCUUGAUGAACCAACUAGUGGCCUUGAUAGUGCAGCAUCCUAUUAUGUUAUGAGUAGAAUUGCAAGACUAAAUCUAAGGGAUGGCAUUAGAAGGACUAUUGUUGCAUCCAUCCAUCAGCCUAGCAGUGAAGUUUUUGAACUUUUCCAUGACCUAUGCCUUCUGUCUUCUGGUGAAACAGUAUAUUUUGGUCCAGCCUCUGAUGCAAAUCAGUUUUUUGCUUCAAAUGGUUUCCCUUGCCCAACUCUCUACAAUCCUUCUGAUCACUACUUAAGGAUCAUAAACAAAGAUUUUGAACAGGAUGCUGAAGAAGGUUUUGUUAAGGGAGUAACCACAGAAGAAGCAAUUGAUACCCUUGUAAAGUCUUACAGAUCGUCUCAAAUAAGAAAACAAGUUAUAAAUGAAGUGGAAAAAAUAGCUGAAAGUGAUUCUGGUGCAAUAAGGAAGCAGAGGAUUCAUGCUGCAGUUCACACUCAAUGCCUUGUUCUUAUAAGAAGAUCUUCCUUGCAAUUGUUUCGUGACACGGGAAAUUACUGGUUACGAUUAGUUGUCUUUAUUAUAAUAGCUAUAAGCAUUGGCUCUAUCUACUAUAACAUAGGCACCAGUCAUGGAUCUAUUGAGGCGAGAGGUUCGCUGCUCAUAUUUUUCAUUUCAGUUCUGAGUUUCAUGACCCUUGUUGCUGGAUUCUCUCCACUUUUGGAAGAAAUGAAGGUAUUUGAAAGAGAGAGAUUGAAUGGACACUAUGGUAUCACAGCAUUUCUCGCUGGCAACUUAUUCUCUGCUGUUCCUUACAUUCUUCUGAUCUCUCUGAUUCCGGGAGGAAUAGCUUAUUACCUUUGUGGUAUGCACGAAGGACUAGAUCGCUUCAUGUACUUCACUGCUUUGCUAUUUGCCAUAGUGAUGUGGGUUGAGAGCCUUAUGUUGGUUAUUGGAAGCAUCUCUCCAAAUUAUGUAAUAGGCAUGUUCCUAGCUGGUGGAGUUGAAGGACUCAUGAUUUUAACAGGUGGAUUCUAUCGAAGGCCAAAUGACCUUCCCAAACCAUUAUGGAAAUACCCUUUGUACUAUGUUUCAUUCCUCAAGUAUGCCUUCCAAGGAUCAUUCAAGAACGAUUUUGAUGGCUUAACAUUUUCUGUAGACCAAGAUGGAGGCAUUAAUAGAACCAUCAGUGGUAGAAAUGUUUUAAUUGACACAUGGCACGUGGAAAUGGGUCACUCUAAGUGGGUUGAUCUUGCUAUCAUGUUUGGAAUGAUUGUGUUGUAUCGAGUUAUGUUCUUGGCCAUCACUAAGAGCAAGGAGAAGCUGAAGCCUUUUGUUGCAUCCAUUAGUUCUCUUCGAGGAUAAAUUUUCAAUAGAAUGAUUUUUUUUUUUUAAUAGUUCAUUAGAAUGACUUGAAACUGAAUCAGUGAUCACCGAUAAGUGGAGAAACUGAAGCAUUCUGUUGCAGCCAUGGUGACUAGAAAUAGAGAGACUAGAAUCAGUGGUUCCUAAAUAUGGCAGGGAACAUGUUAUUUACUGCAUACUCGUCCUAUACAUAGGUAAUUUGUUAUAUAGGAUUUUUUUUUUUGAGUAAUUAUGUAGGAUGGUAUAUAUUUUAUGUUAA